GGUUGAUACGCCAUUUUUGUGGCGUAAUAACUCGAGUUAUUGCAUGUGUGCACUGAAAAUGGCUGGAAAUCCUUCAAAACUUGAAACUUAAAGAGAAUGGCUAGAGAUGAUGCUGAUGGAGAGGGAAAAGAUGACAAAGUUGAUACAGGCAACAAAAUGGAUAUAACUGAAGGUGAAACUGUCGGAGUAGAUAUACAUGUAGCUACAAGUGGAGAUGGCUUAAUGGAUACUGCUACAGACGAAGGCAUUGAUAAUGCUACAUAUGAAGGAGUAGAUACUUCAAGAGGUGAAGGAGGAGAUACCACUAUGGGUGAGAGUGAAGCUGCUACAAGUGAAACAGUUACCACUGACUAUCCUCACAAGUCCACCGACCCCACCAUCAUUCCACUGUCUGACACUAUUAGAUUGAGCUACUGUAAAAGUUCCGAGUGUGGCUGUAAGUCUGUUCACUGUCCAUUUUGUGACAAGUCACACUUUAAACCUGCCAAGCCUUCACGUGUGAGAGAUCAUCUGGAACUGAAACACUUCGCACACUCAGUAAAGUAUGAUGAUAUGAUCAUUGUGAAAUGUUUUCGAGAUUGUGGUGACAAGCCAAAGGGUCACUAUCAUUGCCCUAACUGUCCAAAACAGUUACUGAAAAGAAAUGCCUUUCAUUCUCAUCUUGUCAAACAUGUAAAAAAUAUGAAAAAAUCUCCAGAUUUGGUGACGGCUCCAGAUGAUAAACUGCCUUCUAAAAUAGUAUUUCAAGGUGACACCCUUCAGUUGUGUAUUGAAAAUUGUGAUACGAGCCUACAGGAACAUUUCCACUGCCAGUACUGUGACCAAAUUUUUGUGGACAGGAGUAUGUUAAUCACACACAUGUGGAGAUGCCAGACAGGAAAGAUCAAUGAGUAUGCCAACACUAAACUAGGACAGGAAUUGGAUCAGUUAAGGGCAGACAACUCUAUAUCUGCAAACUGUUCUCACCCGAAAGAUGUUCCAGACAUCAAGUGGCAUGUGUCUAUUGUACGGAGUGUUGCAGACAUUCCAGUAGAGAAAUGUGAAGAUUCAUCCAGUGAGUUUGGAGGAUAUUACCAUUGUGCUCUUUGCCCUGUUCACAAGUUUAAACCUACCACUGAGGAUCAUCUCCAGGCUCACUACAACCUACACUGGAAAAAACGUAUUCCAUAUAAAGAUUACUAUAUCCUGAUAUGCUACCAACCUUGUCAGGGAACAGAAGAGGAUGUAACCCAGUCAAACUAUCAUUACCAUUGCCCUGUGUGUGGGGAGUGUCGUAAGAGAAGGAACUGCUUCCUACAUCACCUGCGUAUCUGUAAGGGUAACAGAGAAUCAACCCAUAGGUUUGCAGUCACAAAAAACAAAGACAAAAAUGAGGAUGAAGAGUUCUUGCAUGAGGCUGAGGUAGCUGUUGAAUCUCUGACUAAUAUGGAAGCAGUGGUCUUAACUGACUCCUCCAUCGAAACUCCUGCGAUUGGGGAGGUGGCUGAGAGAGAGUGUGUUGUAAGAGAGGAAGAUAUCUUGCCUGAUCCUCUGGCAGUUGAACAAGCCCCUGUGAUAGUUGAAAAUUUCCCAGAAAAUGCUGAGACCUGUGAAGAUAUUUCUUCUAUUGACGUAUAUGAGAAAGUCACUGCCACCUUGUCAAGAAAACUGAUAGAAGCUUUUGACCAAACAACUAUGGAUGAUAUCAUAAGUAAAAUGGCUAUGCAAAUGGAUUUAUCUGUUGGCUGGUCACCAGGGAUCUCUUCUCCUCAGUACACCCUGAGUGGUCGCCUGGAGGACAUUGUACAGGCCAAGCAUCAAUUAUACAAAUGUAUAUUGAAAGUGCAUUCUCCGGAGACUGAUUCAGUAGAACUAUUUAGAAAGGAUGAAUCUCAAGAAGUUUCGAAAGAUGAUGAAACAAAUACAGAUAGUUUAGCAAUGAUAGGACAAAAGACGGAGAACGAGCAAGACGUCAAUAUGGAAAAUGCUGUGAACUCAAAAAGUCUUCCAAUGAAGAGAAAACGUGGUCGUGCCAAGAAAACUUCCAAACUGCAACAAACACAGAAAAACUCUUACUUAUCUAAAGAAAGCUGUGUAGAGAGAAAUUUAUUGAACCAAAGUAUAGACAGUAUGGAUCAUAUUCAGUUACCAGUGAAAUCUGAGACAGGCUCCUCUGCAGAAAAGCAACCCAUUACUGGGAAAAGAAAAGCAAAUUCACAGAAUAUCGAUGAAAAACCAAAUAUUCAUGUAGAUUCUGUUUCUACCGUAAGUUCAAAGCGAUACUCCACCAGAGGGAAAAGACUUGAUUUUUCUGCCAUGGUAAAUGGGAGGAAGGGAUCCUCAGAGGACAACAGCAAUUUAUCAAAGAAAAAUGAUAUAACAGAUAGGAAUACACAGGCUAGAAGCAAAGAAUUUCUUCCCCAAACAGAUAAAAAGUCAUCAGUUGAUUUGACUUUACUUGAAAAAAACACAACCACAAAAUUAACUGAUGCUGAUUCGGUUUUAACAGCAAUAGGGAAUCCUGAACCAAACCUUCCUGUUGACAAAAGAAACAAGGGUGAUUCAGAAGAUAUUUACAGUAAUGUUGAUGAAGAAAUUGAUGAGAUGAUGAUCAUCCAAAAGAGUGCUUCUACACCUUUGACAAAGCGAAGAGGUGACAACAUAGCACAUAUUCCUGCAAUAGUUUUUGAAGAUUCCAUAAAACUCGGAAGGAAGUCUUUGGGUUUUUCUUAUACAAAUAGAAAUGACAGCGAUAUGCAAAUUACAUCAGAUGGCCAGUAUUUAGAGAAUGAGAUACAAGUCAAUGUAGCAGGGGAAGAUUUCGGUGAUGAUGGUGGUGUGAGAGAUAAAUGUAAUUUAUGUGAUUUCAUUCCAGAUAGUUUUACUAGCUUACAACAUCACUUGUUAGAUAUUCAUCAAACACACUGCCCCUUUCGCUGUGACAUAUGUGAAGUAAUCUUUCAAGAUGAAUCAGCUCUCGAAAAUCAUUUGCAUCGAAGACACCAGCCAUUUAAACAAGUCCAGAAAUCGAUAAUAAAUCCAGAAGUUAAACGGAAAUCCGAGUUUGAGAAAAAUCCAAAUAGAAAAGAGUACAGGUGUCUGAAGUGUGACUUCAAAACUUUCCGUUUGAACUGUUUGUAUGCUCACCGGGAAUUUAUACACAAUGACACCCCAGUAUGUGAACAUUGUGGAAAGACCUUUGCUCGAUUCAUGCACAUGCAAACACACAUCCAGGCUGUCCACACAAAAUCAAAAUCAGCUGUGUGUCACAUUUGUGGCAAGAAUUUUGACCAUGUACGAUACAUGAAGGCUCACAUGAAGCGACAUUCUGACAGCAAAGACUAUGCAUGUGAAAUAUGCAACAAAAGGUUCACUGAGCGUACAACUUUGAAGGGACACAUGGAGAUCCACAAGAAGCCAGAAGAACGAUCCUACAGAUAUGUUUGUGACUUUUGUGGAAAACGUUUCCUCAAUAAAAACACUUAUUCUGAUCAUCUUAACAAGCACACAGGAGAAAAACCAUAUUCGUGUGAUAAGUGUAACCAAAAAUUCACCUUCAAGAGUGUACUGGACAAACACAAACUUUUCAAGCACACCACAGUUAAACCAUUCCCAUGCCCAAUUUGUAGAAAAGCCUUCAAAAUGCAACGUCUUCUUAACCAACACCUUGUUACUCACACAGGCCAUAGUGAUUUUGUUUGUGAAGAAUGUGGAAGGUCAUUUUCCUGUAAAAACACCUUAAAGAAUCACAAGCCCAAAUGUAAGGGAGUUGUUUUGAGACAGAAAUCUGGGUCAAAUGUGAUCCUGGUCCUAGCAGAACAGGGCAUGAAUCAGUCGGAACAAGUCUCUUUAUCAAAUGCAGUGAUGUCCCUGGAUCCACAGUCAUCCAAUAUGGAAGCUACACAAAUCCUGACUCCUGAUGGAAUUGUGCAACUUGAAUCUGCCCAGGUCACAGAUAGUUCUAUGACCGAAGAAAGCGAACCAGCUCUGUACAUAUGUAGCGAGUGUAAUGCAGUGUUUGAAACUUUCCAGGAAGUAGAGACUCAUGUUUUAAUGGGGCAUUCAGAUGGAUCUGUAAAAGAUAGUGGAAUACUCCAGCCUCAACCUCUGGUGGAUAACACCAUUUCAACGUCAGGGAGUGAUGCGACGUCGACUCAUCCUAUAAUCGACAUCCAGAACGGGUCUUCUAUGUAUAUCAGUGAGGUGGAAGCUUCCGCACUUGUUAAUCUUGGUGUCAAAGAUCAUCAGAGUAUUUAAAUUUAAUUGUGGUAAUUGCUAUACAUUAUCUGUUUUAGGGAAAAAUUAAAUCAUUAUGUUGUAUUAAUGAAAAUUUAUUAAUUAUUCAGUUUGUCAUCUUUUCAAUUAUAACAUUUCGGUUUGAUUUGUCCACUACUGUUGUUCAGUUUGAAUUGAACUUAAA